GCUGCCGGGCCAGCGGAGACGGAGGAGACAAGAUGGCGUUGCGGGCGAUGCGGGGAAUCGUGAACGGGGCCGCACCCGAGUUACCCACGCCCGCCGGCGGGCCGGGGCUGGGAGCUCGAGAGCAGGCGCUGGCCGUGAGCCGGAACUACCUCUCGCAGCCUCGCCUCACAUACAAGACAGUAUCAGGAGUGAAUGGUCCACUAGUGAUCUUAGAUCAUGUGAAGUUUCCCAGGUAUGCUGAGAUUGUCCACUUAACGUUACCAGAUGGCACGAAGAGAAGUGGGCAAGUUCUAGAAGUUAGUGGUUCCAAAGCCGUGGUUCAGGUAUUUGAGGGAACAUCAGGUAUAGAUGCCAAGAAAACUUCCUGCGAGUUUACUGGGGAUAUUCUCCGAACACCCGUGUCCGAGGAUAUGCUUGGUCGAGUAUUCAAUGGAUCAGGGAAACCCAUUGACAGAGGUCCCGUGGUCCUGGCUGAAGACUUCCUUGACAUCAUGGGUCAGCCAAUCAAUCCUCAGUGUCGAAUCUAUCCAGAGGAAAUGAUUCAGACUGGCAUUUCUGCCAUUGAUGGCAUGAACAGCAUUGCUAGGGGGCAGAAAAUUCCAAUCUUCUCUGCUGCCGGAUUACCACACAAUGAGAUUGCAGCUCAAAUCUGUCGCCAGGCUGGUUUGGUAAAGAAAUCCAAAGACGUAGUAGAUUACAGUGAGGAGAACUUUGCAAUUGUAUUCGCUGCGAUGGGGGUCAACAUGGAAACUGCCAGGUUCUUCAAGUCUGACUUUGAAGAAAAUGGCUCAAUGGACAAUGUCUGCCUCUUUUUGAACUUAGCUAAUGACCCAACCAUUGAGAGAAUUAUCACUCCUCGCCUGGCUCUGACCACAGCCGAGUUCCUGGCCUACCAGUGUGAGAAGCAUGUGCUGGUUAUCCUGACCGACAUGAGCUCCUACGCUGAAGCCCUUCGAGAGGUUUCUGCAGCUAGGGAAGAGGUCCCUGGUCGGCGAGGGUUCCCAGGCUACAUGUACACAGAUCUGGCCACAAUAUAUGAGCGUGCUGGUCGAGUGGAAGGUAGAAAUGGCUCUAUCACCCAAAUCCCUAUUCUCACCAUGCCCAAUGACGAUAUCACUCACCCCAUCCCUGAUCUGACUGGGUAUAUUACUGAGGGGCAGAUCUAUGUGGACAGACAGCUGCACAACAGACAGAUUUACCCACCUAUUAAUGUGCUGCCUUCGCUCUCCCGGUUAAUGAAGUCUGCGAUUGGCGAAGGCAUGACCAGAAAGGAUCAUGCUGAUGUGUCCAACCAGCUGUAUGCGUGCUAUGCUAUUGGUAAGGACGUACAAGCCAUGAAAGCCGUAGUUGGGGAAGAAGCCCUGACCUCGGACGAUCUUCUCUACUUGGAAUUUCUGCAAAAGUUUGAAAGAAACUUUAUUACUCAGGGUCCUUACGAAAACCGCACUGUGUACGAGACUUUGGACAUUGGCUGGCAGCUGCUCCGAAUCUUCCCCAAAGAAAUGCUGAAGAGAAUCCCUCAGAGCACCUUGAGCGAAUUUUACCCUCGAGACUCUGCAAAGCACUAGCUGCUGCUGCUUCUGUGGUGACCCUCUUGUGAAGUACUGGUUCUGUUUCCUGAUUCCUUUUGCACUCCUCCAUCCCCACCUUUGUGUGGGAGUUUACCUGUUCCCCCGUAAUUAAAAACAAAGAGUAGGUGACGCACUGUGCCAGUGUUGCAAUGUUCUAAACUGCUCACCGACUUUAAAAUAUCCCUGAUCCGAAAAGCCUGACGUCUAGUGCUUUGUUCAAAGUGGCUGCAGGGCUGAGGCGCCGGUUUCUUCCUGGUGUGUGUGUUUGUACAUAGUGCCGUUGCUAAUUGUGUCUUUGUUGGGGUCUCAGGCCUUACCGCGCCUCCCUCAAGAAUGUCACUGCUUUUAAGUUAAGAUGCUUUGGUCUCAAGUUCAGGGGCAAGACAAGUGUGGAAGAACUCUCCUUUGGAAGCAGCAGGGCUCGUUCCUGAGCACUUCCUGUGGGUCGUGGUUGUGUCUGGAGGUCAGUCCUGGUCUGAGCAGAUUGGUUUUACUUUCCACUUGCUCUUUCCUAUGAGGUGAAGAUUUGCACAAGGAGUUUUACUUUCAGAACCUGUGAGCUGGGAUCCCUACACAGCAUGUGUCUGUGAGUGCAAGAGCGUGCACCUUUGCACAGCUGGCACAUACCUGGUGGUGGUGAGCUGUCCUGUCGGUGCUCCUUGCUGGAUUUCCAUGCAGAGGUCGCAGAAGUGGAGCCGGCGGGAGAACCGGGUCUGGACGAGUGGGUGCGGGUGGAGGAGCAAAGCCCGCCUGCUGCUGUGUGCUCGCGGUGGCCUUAGCGCUAAGCAGGGCCUGAGCACUCUGAGGCUCACGGAUGUUUUAAACUCUGCUCAAGAGCAGCCUUUGGAAAAUCCCCAAGCUUUUUGACCCAGCUACCUUUCAGGGAAAUCUUGUGGCCCAAGUGACGGUGUUCCAUGAGUUUCUGCUCCUCCUGACAUGAGCCCUGAGCUCUGCCCUUCUGCCCUGUCUGCCGUCGGUCUUGUGUGUGUCACUCAGGUGCAGCAGAACCGUCCCCACUCUGUGCAUUCCAGCUUUCCAGUCGUGUGACGCUCUUCACAUUUCUGUCCAAGGGGAUGGGGUGGGGGGAGUCAGCAUGACUAUAUUUUAAUGUAGAAAAUGUGACAUCUGGAUAUAAAUGAAAAUAAAUGUUAAAUUAAAUGGAAA